CUUACUCUGUUUGUAAUGUGGCUCUCGUGGGAAUUCCUCAAUUUUGAAUCCCAUCCAUCAUCACCCAGAGUUACGACGUUGAUGGUAUGUCUCUUCCCUAUCUAUCUCUCAGUUUCUAUCUUCGGAUCUCUUGCGAGGGAAAAUAAAGGGAAAGAAAGUGACCAUCCAUCCAACAACCCCAGCAGUUCCCUUCCCUUUCCGUCUAAUUUAGACUGCACUGCACGAUGGCCAAGUAGCAUCUAACCCGAGAAGCUGAGCCCACGCCUCAUUGCCGCAAGGAGGUGUGACCCCGACCGAAGAUGGACCCAGUUCUGGUCCCAUAGAAGUUUAGUAGUUUAGUUAGCUGACCCGGCUGCGACCGUACCUGCUUUUUUGCUUACAUGCUUGCGCUUGCUGAGCAAUCACUGAUUGAUCCCAGGGUGGGUAGGGGGAAUGGGACCGGGCCC